AUGGCGCGCGCCUUCUAUCGCCUGGGCGCGCUCUGCAGCGGCUCCCCCGUGCUCAUGGCGCUGGCGGCGCUGCUCUGCGGCGGCGUGCUGUGCCUGGGGCUGCUCAACAUGCGGCUGCAGACCGACCCGCAGGGCCUGUGGGUGCCUCCGCGCAGCGUCGCGGCCCGGGAGCAGGCGCGCUUCGACGAGCUCUUCGGGCCCUUCUUCCGCGUCCAGCAGCUCAUCUUCUACGCGGACUCAGACUCAGAUGGUCUCUCUGCGACGUGUGACGCCUCGCGCGACCUGGUGCAGCGCCGCUUCCUGCUGCAGAUGGCCAAGGUGCAGGCGCAGAUCGCCGACGCCGCCGUCACAGUGCAGGGCGACGGCGCCCAGGGCAAGGUGACGCUCUCGCUCGAGGACUUCUGCUACCGCCCCAUCCGCGGCAAGGGCUGCCUCGUCACCAGCCCCUUCCAGUACUGGCUCGGCAACGCGUCGCUGCUGGAGGGCGACCCGGACAUCAAGCUCACGACCGCGUGCCAGACCACGGACCCACAGCUCCAGGAGCGCGCGCCCUGCAUGGACCAGAAUGGCGUCCCCGUCAUGCGCGACGUCGUGUUCGGCGGCCUGUCGAGGGACGACUGCCACCAGAACCCGGACCCGUGCGGGGAGGCCACGCCGCAGGCCCAGGCGCUCGUGGUCACGUUCCUGCUCAACAACAGGCCCGAGAACGAGACGUACACGAGGUACGUGGAGCAGUGGGAGCAGCAGGCGUUCCUCAAGAUUGCAGCACAGGCGGCGGAGGCGCUUAAGCCCUCCUCGACCGCCAACAAGAGCGACGAGUUCAUCUGGGACAGCGUGCAGGACCAGGAGCUGGCGGACGUGGGCGUCGACGGCAUGCGCCUAUCCUACAUGGCGGAGCGGUCGGUGGCCGACUCGCUCGUGGUGCAGACCAACCAGAACGCGUUUAUUGUGGUGGUGAGCUACCUCGUCAUGUUCUUGUACGUGUCGGCGUCGCUCGGCAAGUUCACGGACCCGGUGCGCUCGCGGUUCGGGCUGGGGCUCACGGGCAUCCUGAUCGUGCUGCUGUCGCUGGGGGCGGCUAUGGGGGUGAGCUGCGCCAUUCUGCAGAUGGAGGUGACGAUGAUCACGUUGGAGGUCGUGCCGUUCCUGGUGCUGGCUAUCGGCGUCGACAACAUGUUUAUCUUGACCAACGAGUUCGAUCGACUCGCGGCUCUGCGUGGCCUCGCAACGCUGGACACCAGGCGCAACACGCGCGACCGGGCAGAGGACGAACUGUUGAUGUUGAAGCAGGUGCUGGGAGAAACCAUGGUCAAUGUCGGACCCUCGAUCGUCGUGGCGGCUGUUGCAGAAACGUUGGCGUUCUUGGUGGGGGCUCUCACACGUAUCCCCGCCCUAACGAGCUUCUGCGUGGUUGCUGCGCUGGCUGUUGCCGCUGACUUUGCGCUGCAAAUGACGUGGUUUGCCUCGGCCCUCGUGUUGGACGCGCGCCGCGUGCGUGCCCGACGCUACGAUUUGUUCCCGUGGAUGAAGCAGAAACUCACCCUCACGCCGCCCACAAAGGGCAAGCGGAGGAUCGAGUCCAAGAUUCACUACCAGUAUGACUUGCUGGUUGACGAAAGCGAGCGAAGUGACGAGCCAGCAGCUCGUGUGAGCAGCACUGGCACACUUCAGCGUUUCGUGGAGAAAACCUACAUCCCGUUCCUGUUACGCCGGUCCACGAAAGUGCUGGUGCUUGUGACGGCUCUUUCAGUGGUAACUCUUAGUGCUUUUGGCUCCUCCGAACUCCCACUCGGACUCGAGCAGGAGCUUGCGGUGCCUACGGAUUUUUACCUGCAUGAGUACUUCAAGAAACAGACCGCGCUUGGUGAGGCGGGGCCACCAGCUUACGUUGUUCUGGAUAGCGAUGUGGAUUACACAGAUGCACGCCUCCAGCAAGAUGUGAACGUGCUAUUGGAUCAGCUUUCCGGUCUUCGCCAGUAUAUCCAGCUGCCGGUGUGCUCGUGGCUGCAUACGUUCAACCAAUGGCGUCAAAUGCGCUUCUUCCUACAGGACAAGAUUAAACAAGGUCAGUGCGAUUGUCCGGUGCAGCCAAUGGAUCCGUUCCCGUACGAACUCGCGAAUGUUGGAGUCGAGGACCCCAGUGGAGACGUUGAUUUGUUCCUAGCGCCCGAGUAUGGGUAUGGCGCUCUGGCAACGGCGCAUGUGACCCCCAAUGCGCUGUUCUACCCGUUGGUGAAGAACUUCACAAAGAUCUCAAUUGACUCAACGUGCUGCCAGCAUUUCGGGCUGUGUGGAGCGCAGUAUGAAGGAGACAUCAUAUUCAACGAGCCAAAUGCAGGUGAUGACGACUCUACGGGCAUGUCUAUCGUCGGUUCUCGUAUACGCUUCCAGCUGAAUGCACUCCGCAACCAGUCCAUGUUCGUGAACUCGUACUACUACCUUCAUGAUGUGGUGGGGCGUUGGAGCAUCGACCAUGCCGCCACUGCCUUCCCGUACGCUCUUGUCUUCGUGUACGAAGAGCAAUACACGUACAUCCAGGGAGUGGCGCUGCAAAGUGUGCUGCUGGCGCUGGCCGUGGUGUUCGGAGCGCUCUUCGUGCUGAUGGACGGGAGCUUGCGGCUGACCACCGUUGUCACCUUGUGCGUGCUGUCGAUGACUUUCUCGCAGUUGGGCUUCCUCUUCGUGUGGAAUAUGAUUGCUGGGCCGGGCGCAGAAACGUCGAUCAAUGCAGUCUCGGUGGUGAAUCUGCUCGCCUGUGUUGGGCUUGGUGUCGAGUUUUGCGUGCACACGGCACACCAGUUUGCCUUUUCGCGACGGCAUCACCUGGGCACAACUGCCAACGACCACACACGAUACGCUCUGAGCAGUGUGGGCGCAUCCAUCUUCUCCGGUAUUACGCUCACCAAGUUCUGCGGCAUCGGUGUCCUUGCGUUCGCGCCGUCCAUGUUGUUCCGCGUGUACUUCUUCCGCAUGUACCUGGGCAUUGUCGUGUUGGGCUGCUUCCACGGUCUCGUACUGCUGCCAGUGCUGCUGAGUCUCAUUGGCCAGCCGCAGAAGUACCCGAACGAUCUCAGCUCGUUUCUACUUUCUGAAGAGCGAGACGACGAGUUAGAGGACGAAGUGAGAGCGUUCAAGUGA